UUAUAAUCGAUAUUUACUCUAUGAUCAAUAAUGUAAACGAACUAUCGAUUCAUUGAUCUAUGAUCUAUUCAAUUAUCUAUUACUUUUGUAAAAGAUGGCGAGUCGCUAAUAAAAUUUCGAACAAGUAACAGCGUUUCUCUUCUCAAGAUCCGACAUAACCACAUCCAACCAACAUAGUGGUCCUUCGAGCCGGAUAUUCAGCGUUUUAUUCAAAAUUAGAAAAUUGGUAAAAAAUAUGGAUAACGUAGAACAAUUAUUAACAGUGCUCCAAGACAUACGCCAACACAUUACCCGAAGUUACGAGAAUUUCAAGAAGACUCCAAAAAGUCGUCUGACCGAAGGAUAUGUUGAAACCAAAAUGUCGAUCUUACAAGAAUACUGGGUCGCCUUCACAAAUAAUCAUAACAGCUUAAUAAGGAUAGUAACGAAAGAACAAAAAAAAUCAUUGGAGUAUUUCAAGAACGAAGUAUUCGUCGACUGCGAAGAGACCUACAUUCAAGGUAAAACAGCUAUGAAAGAUUUUCUUCAGCCAGCACAUCUCCAAAGCAGCAGCAUACCAGCUAUCGGCAGCCCACUAAGUAUGAAGCAGCAGGUAAAAUUACCAAAUAUAGAAGUACCCACAUUCGCCGGUAAUUAUGAAGAUUGGCCAACAUUCCAAGACCUUUUUAUCUCCCUCAUUCACAAGAACGAUGGAAUUAGUAAAGUACAAAAACUACAAUAUUUAAAAUUGAGUGUCAGCGGGGAAGCAGAAUAUUUACUUAAACAUAUACAAGUAACGGCGGACAACUACGAUCAAGCCUGGGAGGUGUUGAGGCAGCGAUAUAACAAUAAACGUCUUAUUGUAACAUCUAUUUUAAGGAAAUUAUUUAACCAGAAAAGGUUGCAGAGUCCAUCGGACAUCCUGUCAAAUAUUGUCGAUCAUCUAGCACUUGCAGGAUUUGUCACAAACGGCAUCACACGCUUCUUCAUCAUUCACCCACAGCGAGUACCCAAGACAACUUACUUCAAGAAUACCAAACACAACAUUGCAAUACAGCGACUGGCCCCACAUACAAGGACUUGAGUUAGCCGAUCCAAGUUUCAACAUUUCAAGAUCUGUAGACCUACUGUUGGGAGUAGAUGUAUAUUCACAAAUAAUACUGAGUGAGGUUAUAAGAGGCCCACCAGGAACACCAUGUGCUCAAAACACCACAUUAGGUUAUAUAAUUUUUGGAACAAUAGAUGAUAGUUUACAAUCAACCCAAGAAAAUAUUAUAGUUAUGCAUCAAAUUACAAACCUAGAUGAUAUGUUAAAAUCACUAUGGGAAAUAGAUACAACUUCUAAAAGGAAAUUAACGCAAGAUGAACAAAUUUGUGAAGAAUUAUUUCAGAAUACAACAUCAAGAAGUAGCAAUGGCAGAUACAUUGUACAAUUACCUUUCAAAACAGACAAUCCUAAAUCCAUGGAAGGAAAUAGUCGAGAGAUAGCAUUGAGAAGAUUCAAACAAUUAGAAAUUACAACAGAAGAAUUAAAUCAAGCUUUAUUAAUCUGUAUAAAAAAGGAUCAGAGCGAACAUUUCAGUGAUGACAUAAGAAAUAUCAUGAUGUUUGAAUAUGUCAAACCAACCAGUCACCUUAAAACUUUGAACCCUUUUCUUGACAAAGAAAGAGUUAUCAGAGUUGGAGGAAGAUUGCGUCAUGCAAACUUAAGUGAAGACAGUAAACAUCCAAUUAUACUCGACUCCAAGUCUAAACUUACCGCACUUAUUGUAGCUGAUGCACACAGAAAAACUUUACAUGGUGGAUUGCAACUCAUGCUUUCAUAUUUGAGAACGAAAUAUUGGAUUAUAAGAGCAAAAAGCAUUGUUAAAUCACAUAUUUUUAAAUGCUUAAUUUGUGCAAAACUUCGAGCCAAAACAAGAAGUCAACUCAUGGGUGAUCUACCGAGUCAGCGAGUAACUCCAUCACGACCUUUUCUCAACAGCGGCGUAGAUUUCGCGGGACCAUUCAACAUCCUCAUGUCCAAGGGCAAGGGCAUUCGCACAAGCAAGGCUUACAUUGCUAUAUUUAUUUGUUUAUCUACAAAGGCUAUACACCUAGAAUUGGUGAGCGACUUAACUUCAGAAGCUUUUAUUGCAGCAUUCAAACGUUUUGUGUCGCGCAGAGGGCAUUGUGCUCAGAUGUGGAGCGAUCAGGGUAGAACUUUUAUUGCUGCAAAUAGAGAACUAAAGGAGUCCCUAGAUGAAGCUAAUUUAGAAUCAUUACAUAAACAAACUGCAAACACCUUGGCUAUGGAUGGUACUCAGUGGCAUUUCAUUCCUCCCUACAGUCCAACAUUCGGUGGACUCUGGGAAGCUGGAGUCAAAUCAAUGAAAGGUCAUUUGAAGAGGGUUUUGACAACAAAUUUAACAUUCGAAGAAAUGAGCACACUUUUGUGUCAAGUAGAAGCUUGUCUCAAUUCUCGGCCGUUGACACCAAUAGAUGACAGUGAUGUAGAUAAUGUGGACCCGCUGACACCAGGACAUUUUUUAAUUGGAGAAGCCCUUAAAAUUGUUCCUACACCUAAUUUAACUAACAUUAAUUUUAAUUUACAUACUAGAUGGCUUUAUACACAGAAACUUUUAAAUGAUUUUUGGCAUCGAUGGCAACAAGAAUAUCUAACAAGAUUACAACAAAGACCUAAAUGGUUGAAAAUUAAAAAGGAAUUUUCAAUUAAUGAUAUUGUAUUAAUAAAACAAGAUAAUAUGCCUCCGGGGAAGUGGAUGCUGGGGCGCAUACUCAACAAACAUCCUGGACCAGACGGGAUAACCAGAGUGUAUAGUGUAAAGUGUGGUGAUAGUGUUACUAAAAGAAAUGUGCUUAAAUUGUGUCAUUUACCUAUUAACAUUGAUUCAUAAUUUACUGUAAAACUUGUUAAGUAGAUAUGUUAUAUCAU